UUUUGUGAAGAGGAAUGGACUCUCUUCGUCGAAAUUCAAUUUCAGUUUCGAAAGCACAAGACAGACAAUGGACGCCAUUGAUUCAGUGUUCGAACCUCUCAGAGGGUUCUCCAAGGACAGCGUAAGGCUCGUCAAGCGUUGCCAUAAACCCGAUGGCAAAGAAUAUUACAUGGUUGUUAUUAGUACUGCAAUCGGAAUUACGGUUAUAGGAUUCAUUGGCUUCUUUGUCAAGCUCAUCUUCAUUCCCAUUAACAACAUCAUCGUCGGAUCUGGUUAGAUAUAUGAUUUCUAAUUGUUUAUUUUUCAAAAAUUUGUGAAAUUUUUAAAAAAUUGUUGUGUUUAUAGCUUAGCUUGAUGUGUUGUUUGAGUGUGGUGCAGCAAUUUGCUAUGAAACUAUGAAUAAGGAGUUUAA